CUUUUCAAAAAUGCGCAUACUUAACUUGUCUUUUAUAUUUUUAACGAUAUGUGGAUGUUGGCGACCAAAUUCUUGGUCAUCACUGCAUAAACGCGUAGCGUACUACGUGUAUACAAGCAUAAUAGUUUUCAUAAUGAGUACCGGUACGCUAUUGCUAAUAAUAGAUCUCAUCCUAAUAGUGGACAAUGCCGACGAUUUUUGCGAUAGUUUCUUAUUUAUAAUGGACAUGUUAAAUUCUUGCUUUAAAGUUUUAAUUUUGCUCAUAAAUCGCAAAAACAUUAUUAUGCUAAUUGAAAUACUGAUGAAGAAACCAUGUAAACCAUCGACAUCGGCUGAAAUAAACAUUUUCUAUAAAUUCGAUAAGAGUAUAGAAAUUAAUUCUUGGCGCUACGCAUCUUUGCCAGCAGCAACAAUAUUAUCUUUAUUGUUAUCUUCUUUAUUUAUAAACCUCAAAAAGAGAACAUUAAUGUUCAGAACAUGGUUGCCAUUUGAUUACUCAUCAACGUUUCUGUUCUAUCUGACGUACAUUUAUCAAAUGAUAGCUAUGUUUGCCGCAGCAGCCGUUAGUGUUGGUUGCGAUACUCUCAUCUGUGGAUUAUUAGUCCAUAUCUGCUGUCAAAUUGAGAUCUUAACUUAUCGUUUGAGAAGUUUUGUAUCAUAUUCAAAUGUUCUUCGCGAUAGCGUACGUCAUCAUUGUGAUAUAUUCAGACUUGCGUUUACUGUAAAUGAGAGGUUUAGACUGGCUAUUGCUAUCCAAUUUACAUUAACUACAUUGAUGAUAUGCUUCUGCUUUUAUCAAAUAAGUAUAGCAACAACCAAAGGCAAACAUAUUGACAUGAUAACAUAUGUGGCUACUAUUUUAGUUCAAAACUUCUUGUAUUGUUGGUAUGGGAACGAAUUAAAGAUAAAGAGUCACCAAAUGAUUGACAAUAUUUUCGAAACUGAGUGGCUGACAUUGGACGAAAAUAAAAAAAAGUGUUUAAUGAUAAUAAUGAGGCGGACAGUCACACCUAUUCAGAUUACUUGUGCUCGUAUUAUGCCCGUGAAUCUUGAAACCUUUAUGGGUCUAGUUAAAAUGUCUUAUUCCACUUACAACUUACUUACACAAAAGCUGCAAGAUUGAUUCUAUGGGAGACUGAUGGAUUUAAGUAUUACUCAUAUCAUAUUAAAUCUGAGAAGAACCAAGAAAAGAAGAGAGAAGAUAGUAUAUUUGCAAUUAGUUAUAAUAAUUAGCAUUAGUUGCUUUCACUUAACAUACCACAUUUAAUCUGUCACGUUA